GAGGGGGGACAUUACCGUUGUGUUGCUCGUGUGCAGAGAGACUCAGAUGACGGAGUGGACUCACCUGAACCCCAAGAGGUCAAGACCCGUCCACCGGAGAGGUCCAGUCCCUCAGAGACCUGGACCAGGGUCCCCCGUCCGGCCCAACCGCCUCAGAGAGGCGUCAUUUACCCCCACCUGCCCCAAGAGCAUACCCCCGCCUGGUGAGUCCCUGUCCUCAUGUCUGUUCGAUGGGCUUUUAGCCCUGACGAGGGGGCUGUCUGACCUCGUCUCCCUUCAGCCAAAGACUUCGACAUCGGCGGCCGCCCUGACGCCAUCAUUACGCAAUCACCCGUCCCCCCCAGCCCCUAUGAUGUCAUCGCAAGCAGCCUCCCGCCCCCCCACCCUGAUGAUGUCCCGGUCCAGCAGCCCCGCCCCCCCACCCUGAUGAGGUCAUCGUUAACAGCCAUUAACACCAGGAAGUGUUACUUCCUGUUUAUAAUCUGUCACUAAUCAAUAAUAAUAAUCUGAUUGUUUCUACUUCUUUAAUAUCUUUAUUGUCUUCAUCAACGUGUUUAUCUGAACAUUAAAAACAUGAAGAACUGAA